AUUUUUGGGACAAGUUUUUUUUGGUAGAAAUCAUCUAAACCUUGAAAAGGCGAAAAAGAAAUCAGAUUUGAUCGAAGAAAAUGUGAGAGUGCAAGAUUGAGAGGAAGCGGAGAAACAAGUUGUGUCCUCCCCCACGUUUCUCUGUCUAACAGAUCUCAAAAAUAUACAUUCCCAUUAAAUUCCAUCUCUGCAAAUUGUUGUUUGAUGAUUCGGCCAUGCAUGCAGAUUUCUGCAUGCCACAGAAUCCAAUAAUUAAAAAUUGUUGAUCAUAUCGAUCGAAAUCCGUCGAUGGUUAACCCACAAUUGGUGCUCUCAUUGGCUCUCCUCCUCUCUUUCCCUCUCCUCUUCCUCUUGAUCCCAUGCAUUCUCUCUCCUAAACACAUCCCGAUCUCCCUCCCCGACGAGCUGGACGACCUGGCCCUCUUCCGCCGCGCCACCCUGGACGCCGCCGCGGCCCCCUCCAAAUCCAAACCCCCGAAGAUCGCCUUCCUCAUCCUCACCAACUCCGAUCUCCACUUCGCCCCCCUCUGGGAGCUCUUCUUCCGCGGCCACCACGGCCUCUACAACGUCUACGUCCACGCCGACCCCUCGGCCACGGUGGCGGCCCCGGGCGGCGUCUUCGCCGGGCGCUUCAUCGCGGCCAAGAAGACCCAGCGCGCAUCCCCGACCCUCAUCUCGGCGGCGCGGCGCCUCCUUGCCACGGCCCUCCUUGACGACGCAUCCAACUCCUACUUCGCCCUCGUCUCGCAGCACUGCAUCCCCCUCCAUUCCUUCCGCUACAUGUACGACUACCUCUUCCGCCCACCCUCCUCCCUGCCGCUCUACCGCAGCUUCAUCGAAGUCUCCUCCAUCAAGCCCAACCUAUGGGACAGGUAUGGUGCUCGAGGGAAAGACGUAAUGCUGCCGGAGGUGCCGUUCGAGCGGUUCAGGGCGGGGUCGCAGUUCUUCACACUGACGCGGCAGCACGCGCAGGUGGUGGUGAGGGACCGGAGGCUGUGGCGGAAGUUUAAGCUGCCGUGCUACAAGUGCUACCCGGAGGAGCACUAUUUUCCGACGCUCCUCUCCAUGGAGGAUCCCGAUGGCUGCACCGGCUAUACCCUGACCCGGGUGAAUUGGACCGGCAGCGUGGCCGGCCACCCCCACACCUAUGGCCCCGGCGAGGUGUCGCCGCGCCUCAUCCACGAUCUGCGCCUUUCCAAUUCCACUACAUAUUCUUUCAUGUUUGCCCGCAAAUUCUCUCCGGAUUGUUUGCAGCCCUUGCUCACUUUUGCUCACCUCAUCUUCCGGGACUGAUAACUCACGGUCUAAACUAAUUAAUGGCGAUCGAACUUCUAUUCGUUGAAGGAAAUUUGAAAGGUUUAUUGUGUAUGCUCACAUACAUAU